CCCAACCCUCAGCUCUCUCCCAGCCCCUUCUGGGUCCUGAAGUUCCCACCUGCCACUCCCCUAUUUUCUUUCGUGUCCAGAGCAACCCCCCAAAUCCUGGCCCAGAUCCUCAAGCAGACCUGCACUAGAGGGGAGACCCCGUCCCUCUGGCCCUAACCCCUCAGCGGCCUGGUUUCUGCAGCUACAACCUCAAGGUGUGCUGUGUCCCCCAACCCCCCCCCCACCACCACCCAAGCCCUGGUUUCUUGGAGCAGGGCUGGCUGAGAGGGAGGGGAUCCGGGCCCUCUCAAUUCCCCAGGCAGGACCCGAAGCUCCCGUACCCACGAGCAGACUCGGAGCCGAGGACCAAACUCCAGGACAUUCUCGAGGGCUGCUCUCUGGGACCUCACUGCUCUGAUUAGCACCUGCCUGUCACCAACGAGGAGACCGAGUCUCAGGGAAGAGAAGUGACUUAUCCACGGUCACACAGACACCAGGGAUCAAGUUCCCGGCCUUGGGGGCUCCAGGCUCUGCUCCCGCAGGGAGACUGCUUUCCACUGAGUCAGCCUGGCCCGUCAGACUCCCACCUGCCUCCGUCUGGCAUGUGAGCUCAUCGGAGCAGUGCAUCCCCACAGCAGGGAAACGCGGGCCCUACCCUAGUCCUAGACAGCUGGCAUCACACGCACACACACGUGCACACACGCGGCUGCUGGUGCGCUCAGGAACAAGAAGCCCGUGAGUGCACCCAGGCCGAAGGAACCGGACCCCACCAUCUGCACCAGAUGCGUUCCUGGAAUGUGGACAGGCAGGCUGUCCGUGAAUCUGCCUGCCUCUCUGUUCCCUUUCACUCAGCCAACAUCACUGAUCAUUUUAAGUUAAUUCCAUUCAGUGAGUAUGUACCAAGCACCUACUAUGUGUUUGGAGGCUCGAAGGGAAACGACCCCUGGCUGUUGCUUUGUUUCUGUCAAGUCGUUCCUCUGUGGUGCAGACAAAUGACGCGAGGCCCCCAGGGGACCACUUCUCAGACCCCAGCGAUGAGCCUGUUGUAAGAAGGAGGCUCCUUCUGUCCUAUCAACAAUUACACCUGUUUUGUGCUCUCUGCAUUUCAUCAGGUUUUCUUAAGCGGGGAGCUAACAGUUUUCCAACUUGGAGGGCUAGGUCAGUGGGAGGGCAGUUGGUUAAGGAGAGAGGGCACGGGCGGGGGUGGUCCCUGGCAGAGGUAAGCAACCCGGGGUGAGCAGGAAGUCAGUCUUGCUCUGAAGUGAGGGGGCCAGUGGGCUCGGUGACCACACUGCAUAGGGCUGCGCUCCUUGGCCAGGAAGGGGUGGGGAGGGUAGGUGCUAGAAGAAUUAUGAUAGGGAAACGGGAAGGACGGGGAGGGAAUGGCCCAGUGGGGUGACCCCGGAGGGGAUUCGUGCUGUCACCCUAGCUGCUGGCCCCAAGUGGGCAUGGGUGGAGGGGACCAACUCCACAAACUGCCUUGAUGGCCCCAAAGACAUGGAGGAGACCCUUUAUGGAGACUCAGUCCCUGCGAAGACCAUCUGACCACUAUAGUGACCAUAUUUUCAACUCAAGAAUCAGGUGUUGACUUAAGCAGGCCCCCGUGGAGAUAGGGACAGACUGAGCUCUGGGAUAUCCGGGGACAGGGCCCCAUCGAGUGGCAGCCAAGGUCGGAGAUGGCCAUUUCAGGGCAAGCCGAUCCGAUAAAAGAGUGGCCACCUCUGCAUUGUGACUCCCUGCAAUGUGCCUCAUUAUGACCCAACCCUCUCACCAGCUGGCAGGUGUCCCCAGGUCCCGCCAUGAGCACAGUGUGGUCGGGGCUGGUGGGGGGGCGGUGGCCCAGGUGGCCCUAGGGCCCCCCCACCAUGGAAAACCAGCUCUGGUAUGAUGACGUGGGGUGCUGCAAUCAACACCAGGAACAUCUCCAGGACCCCGAAGACGUACUGCUCCUACUGCUGGGCCUCAUCAUCCUCGUCAACAUUGGGAUCAACGUGGUAACUGUGAUGUGGCAUGGGCUCCAGAAUGCCUUAGACAAGAUGAUCUGUUGGAUUAAUCAGAAAAAGGAAAGCUGGCAGGCUUAUGAAAGUUCCGCCAAAGAUUCCCCAGCCAAGGCCCAAGACGUCCACGUCCACUGCACCCUGGAGCCCGUGGAAGUGAAGAUGGCCAGGCCCACUUGCUGCCCCUCUUCCUCCUACCAACGUCUCCGUCUCCGCAGCGCCCGGCUCCGCCGCCCCCGCCGCCGCGGCCCCCGCCAGCCCCACGGCUACCACCGCCCCUGCAGCCACCAGUGGGAGCUGAGGAACCAGAGGCGGUUCCCCCACCACCGCUCAGCCUUCCAGAGCCACCAUCACCGCCACAAGAUGUCGCAGCUGCAGGCCGUGCCCUCCUUUGACCGGGAGGACCUAGACUCCUACCUGGAGGAGGAGGACCUGGCCUUCCCACGCCCCAAGUACCCCCGGGGCGGCUGGGGCGGGCUUUACCUGCAGACGGGCCUGCCCUCCAGCGUGGGGCUGUGGGGCCGUCAGGGCGGGAUCCUGGCCAGCCUGCCACCGCCAUCUCUCUACCUGUCACCUGAGCUGCGCCGAAUGCCCAAGCGUGUGAAGGCCAAGUCGGAGCUGCGGCUGCAGUCCUAUGGGCCCCACUGCUCCCAGUCCCGAAUCUGGGGCAACGUGGAGGCGGAGCAGUGGGCCUCGUCUCCGCCCCUUCUCCGCCGGCUGCCCCCGAAUCCCUCCUGUGUGCCCGUGGGGUACAGCCCUUACCCCUCGACCGGCCAGCUUCUCUAUGACUCCUGGGAUCAGCGGCGGCGGGUUCUGGAGGGCUCGGAGCCUCCACCCGCCCUGAUGCCCUGGGGCUCCCGGCCCGAGGCCCGGGAGCACUGCUCCCCCCAGGCCUACCGGCGGAGCCUCCCCAGCCACGCUUACAGCCAGCCCAGCCGCAGCCCGCACCCAUCCACGGGCCACCUGAGGGAACCCCAUGAGGUCCGGCGCCGGGCCGCUGAAUGGACAGAGGCACCGCCCGCUCGGCACGCCCUGACAACCUCCACCUCCCUCACCAUGCUGGGCGAGACGACCUACCAACGGGCCCCAGCCCCCAGCUCGGCCCUGCUCCCCCAUUCCUCCCAGCCCCUGCCCGAAGUCCAGGCUCCCGAGGUCCCCCAACCCCAGCCCACCUUCAUGCCACUCAGCAGGAACCCGGGGGGCAAUGCCAGCUGCCAGGUGUAUGACAGCCUGGAGCUAAAGCGGCAGGUGCAGGAGAGCCGAGCACGGGCCAACUCACUGCCCCCGCCGGCCACCUCAGCCUCGAGGCCCUCCCUGCACAGGAGCCGGACCGGGAAGCUUCACUGACCCGCAGUGUCUGUGGCUGGUGGGGCCGGGCGCGGAGAGAGAAAUAAAGAACAAUGGAG